CGGCAGAGGCGGGUGGUGGGGCUGAGGGGGGAGGUGCGCGCUGCGCGCUGCUUCGGGCCCUGAGGGGUUUUUGUGGUAUUUGUCUUUUUUUUUUUUAUUUUUAAAGUGAAAUGCGGGAGGAGUGAGCGCCAUGGAGCCGUGGGGCGCCGCCGGGCGGGAGAAGUACCCGCAGUGGAUGCGUGCGCCCAGCAGCCAGGCGGGCGGCGCGGAGCAGCGCAGGAGCCUCCUGGAGGACGGGCUGCCCUUCCUGGAGUUCUGCGGCUCCAUCGUGUACAGCCACGAGGCCAGCGACUGCUCCCUGCUCUCGGAGGAUAUCAGGCAAACUUUAUCAUGUGGGGCUGCUGUUGGAUUUGAUAUUGAAUGGCCACCGUCGUACACCAAAGGAAAGAUGGCAAAAAUAGCUGUCAUACAGCUGUGUGUAACCGAGGAAAAAUGCUACUUGUUCCACGUCUCUUCCAUGUCAGGUUUUCCCAAGGGACUCAAAAGACUGCUCGAAGAUGAAACAAUUAAAAAGGUUGGCGUAGGAAUUGAGGGAGAUCAAUGGAAGCUGAUGAGUGACUUUGAAAUCAAGCUGAAGAGCUUUGUGGAGCUGGCUGACGUUGCUAAUGAGAAACUGAAGUGUAAGGAGUUAUGGAGCCUAAAUGGGCUGGUAAAACACCUUUUUGGGAAGCAGCUUCUGAAAGAUAAGACUGUCCGCUGCAGCAACUGGGAAAAGUUUCCACUCAAUGAGGAGCAGAAACUGUAUGCAGCCACAGAUGCUUACGCUGGCUUCAUCAUUUAUCAAAAACUGAAAAAUAUGAAUAGCAACGACAGGAAAUUAUUUGGAGAAAGAAGAGGUAACGUGUCAGAUGACGUGAAGGAGCACCUGGGCUCACUAGCUGAAGAGAUGGUGUACCUGGCUUCUCGGAUCCCUGAUUCAUCUGGACAACCUGGAAGCUUGCAGAGGGCUGCAGAAAUACUAGCUGACAUUUCAGAGAACAUAAAAGCCUUACGAAGCACUCUGCUUGCUGCUUCAUGUUCCCCUUCUGUACUGGAGAGGAGCUGUGGUGAAGCUCCAACAAAACUUGAAGUGGAAUCAGCAAGUGCUGAAGCACAAAAAGUUGAAAUGCGUGAACUUGCUAAAAAACUUGAAGGUGACAUCAACAUGUGCUCUGAUGCUACGCUAGCUGGCCUCUGGGAGGGAGAUAUUGAUGAAGGAGAAGCAGAGAGAGGUAACACUGCUGUGGGAGACUGGGAAGAAGCAGCUGGCUCUAAGGACAGAGCAGACAGAAAUGACUUCAUGUCACUGGACAUUACUGAGCAAGAACUUCAGAUGUUGGAACAUCAGGCUGCAGAAGAGUAUCUCAACAAUGCCAUGCCUGAGGAGGAAUGUGCCACAGAUAACAAACAUAAUAUUUCCUGUGUCAUUGAAAGCGAUGAAGAACUGGAAAUGGAGAUGCUUAAGUCUUUAGAAGAUGUAGACAAACCUAAAGAGAUUUUGACUGAAAAUGAGUCCAGCAGAGCCAGGAAAACUCCAGAUGACCCAGAAUUGAACGUUGCACCAGAUGGAGAUGAAGAUGAAGGCAUUGAAGAAGAGGAAGAGGAAUGUUGGGAUCCGUUGCUGCCCGUACCUAGUGAAAUCCAGGUCACGUGUCUGAAGACUUAUUUUGGGCAUUCUUCUUUUAAACCGGUCCAGUGGAAAGUGAUCAGUUCUGUUUUAGAAGACAAAAGAGAUAAUCUUGUUGUAAUGGCAACUGGAUAUGGGAAAAGUUUGUGCUACCAGUUUCCUCCUGUUUACACUGGAUGUACUGGAAUCGUCAUCUGUCCUCUUAUUUCCUUGAUGGAAGACCAGGUACUGCAGCUGACCAUGUCAGGGAUUCCAGCAUGCUUGCUUGGUUCGGCUCAGUCGAAAAACGUCAGAGGUGGCAUCAAAGCAGGUCAAUACAGAGUCAUAUACAUGACACCCGAGUUCUGCUCAGGGAAUUUAGACCUACUUCAGGAUCUUGACCAAACUAUUGGUAUUACCCUUAUAGCUGUUGAUGAAGCUCACUGCAUUUCUGAAUGGGGCCAUGACUUCAGAAAUUCCUUCAGAACCUUAGGCUCACUAAAGAAGACUCUGCCAAUGGUCCCCAUUGUUGCUUUAACUGCCACUGCAAGUCCCUCGAUUAGAGAAGACAUAGUGAAUUGCCUGAAUCUGAAGAAUCCCCUGGUCACAUGUACAAGCUUUGACAGACCGAACCUGUACUUAGAAGUUGGACGACAGAGUGGAAAUAUGAUUAGGGAUUUGAAGCAAUUCCUUACUAGGAAAGGAAGCAGUUCUGAGUAUGAGUUUGAAGGCCCUACCAUCAUCUACUGCCCUUCAAAAAAGACCACAGAAAAAGUUGUGUCUGAGCUGACUAAACUGAAUGUGCCCUGUGGUGCGUACCAUGCUGGAAUGGGAAUUCAAAAAAGGAGAGAGACCCACCACCAGUUCAUGCGGGAUGAAAUUCAGUGUGUUGUGGCUACAGUGGCGUUCGGAAUGGGCAUCAAUAAAGCAGAUAUCCGGAUGGUUAUUCAUUACGGUGCCCCUAAGGAAAUGGAAUCCUAUUAUCAAGAAAUUGGGAGAGCUGGUCGCGAUGGGCUUCCUGCUUCUUGUCAUGUCUUGUGGGCUGCAGCAGACUUGACUUUUAACAGACAUCUUCUAACUGAUAUACGCAGUGAAAAGUUCCGAUUGUACAAACUGAAGAUGUUGGAAAAAAUGGAGAAGUACCUUACCUCAAAUAGCUGCAGGAGGAAAAUCAUUCUGUCUCAUUUUGAAGACAAACAGCUCCGAAAGGUCUCCUCUGGCAUCAUGGGCACGGAUGACUGCUGUGAUAACUGCAGGUGCAGAACCUCCUGUCUUGUGACCCCCAGUGACUCAGAAGGAGGCUUGCAGGACUUUGGACAGCAGGCCUAUCAGCUGCUGUCUGCAGUGUGCGCCCUGGAAGAGAAGUUUGGAAUUAAAGUUCCCAUUUUGUUUCUACGAGGAUCUAGUUCGCAGCGUCUGCCAGAGAGGUACCGAAAGCAUCCUCUGUACGGUAGUGGGAAGGACUGGACAGAAAGCUGGUGGAAGUCACUCUGCCAACAGUUGAUAAUGGAAGGAUUCCUCAAAGAAGUCUCUGGGCAGAACAAGUAUAUGACCACGUGUGGGCUUACCCAGAAGGGAAGAAAUUGGCUUUUGAAAUCUGGAUCUACGUCAAAUCCAAGUCUUCUGUUACAGUCCAAUGAAGACUUAAACCUACAAAGAACUCCCAGAAGUAAAUCUUCACCUGUGGCAUCGGCGCAGGGCUCCCAAAGCACAAAAAGAACAAAGCAGUCACCAGGCAAGCAGAUGUCUUUGUAUGAAAUGUUUUCAUAUGAGAAAAAAGAUGGAAUAUCCCCAAGAAGGAAUACUGUGCUUAACAGUUUCCCAGAACACUCACCUGUGAGAUCUCCUUUGAAGUCCCGAGAACCUGUUUCAUCUCCAGAAAAAGAACUACAGACUGCUCUGUAUGGCAAGCUGUUGACUGCUAGACAGAAGGUGGCUAAUGAGAAGGCAGUUCCUCCAGCUGUCUUGGCAACCAACAAGAUCCUGGUGGAGAUGGCCCGAAUAAGGCCUACAACUGUUGAGAAUGUGAAGAGGAUUGAAGGUGUAUCUGAAGCAAAAUCAACCAUGUUGGUCCCUCUCCUGGCUGAAAUUAAGGACUUCUGCCAAGCGAAUGGUUUGCAGACGGACGCGUUCCCUACAGAUCAGAAAGAGGCAUCUCACCGGAAGCAUGCUAGAGCCCUUUCUCCCUCAGAACAUGUCACAUAUGUCUUGUUCCAAGACAAAAAUCUCUCCGUGAGGACUAUAAGUGAGACCAGAUCUCUUCCUCUUUCUGAGAUUGGCACUCACCUGCUCCAGGCAAUGAAAGCUGGCUAUCCUGUCAACCUGGAGCGAGCAGGUUUGACUCCUGAAGUUAAAAAGAUCAUUUCUGAUGUUAUCCAUAAUCCUCCUAUUGACUCAGACACCACCAAAAUUCAAGCAAUUAGAACGCUUGUUCCUGCAAAUAUUGAACUGUAUCUCAUCCAGAUGGCUAUUGCAUUAUUGGAGAAAGAGAAUGGAAAUAAGGCUCAGCGUGGUUCAGGUGCCAAAAGGGUGUUGGUAUGGUCGGAUGGGCAGCAGGAAAAAAGAGGAGCAGAUCAAGCAAGCAAGGAAGAUGCUUUGUGGAGUGAAAAAAAGGAGCAGGCCAAAAGCUGUUUGUUGCUGUUUGCAGUAGUGUUUGGCAUUUGCAUCUUCCCAAUUCACCUUUUCCUGAGCUCUGGAUAAGAGUCUUGCUCCCUUCUGAGACAGGACCAGAAAGUUCCUCCUGCAAAGUGUUGGCCUAGGAAGAGGGCUGUCUCUGUGCAUCCCAGCUGUGGUCUGCUCAAUGUCACUUCAGUUGAUCUCUUCCUGUGUGGUACUCUUAGCUCACAUCUGCUCUAGUAGGUACUGGAUGCGCAACCUGGGAAAGAUCAGAUACCCAGUGGUCCCACUGCUGUAGACUGCCACAAGUGCAGCUUAAUAAUGGCCUCAGAAUAAGGAUGAACACUUUCUGCUGUUGUUCAGCCCUUCAGAAAGUAGAUACAAAACGUUCCCUAUAUAAACAAAGGAUUUCUCAGUAGCUGGGACAGUGGAAGAAAACUGAAUUCAUAUUUCUACCUGGUAUGAGAGGCUUUGGUAAUCUUGACCCUUUAGAGACAGAGUCUACGUUCUGCUCUCACCUUGCUUAAAUGACCCAAUGAUUGAUGUGAUGUGGGAAGAGUGAUUGUUUGUCUAGAAAGCUCAAAGAUACCAGGGGAGCUGAAACAGGAAAAAGCUAAGGGCAACACCUGCCAGAGUUGUUUGACAGCCCUUCAUGGGCGCCUCUGUGUAGCUGUGAUAACAUAAAAAGUGUUGUGCCCAGUGUCUGAGUCUUUGGGAGGAGUUUUCUUUAGGAGAAGGAAAUACAGAGCUCUCUACUGCAGUUUGAGGAAGGCUAGACAAGCCUUCUAAGCCCUAGGGUGGCCUCUCAGCAUCCCCACAAGUCUCUGAAAGUCCAGCUCAGCAUCUUGUACAAAAAGCUGCCCUCCACUGAGUAGCUCAAGGUGGGAACAGUAGAAGGAAAUUCCUAACUGUAAAUCCUCUUGCUGCCUGUACUAGGAUUUCACGUCUGUUCCUUACAGGGUUUUGGGAUGCCUUCUUUAACUUGGGCUCAAAUAAUUUUUGGAGCCUUGCCAUUUUGCUGAAUUGAUUGCUUCUUGCCUUCGUGAGCACUAUUUUGUUCCUAAAAUAUUAGUGUCUGAGCCUUUUUUUCCCCUGAAAUUGAUCUGGCAGUCCAUUUGCAUUAGCUGUAACUAUACUUCAUUUUCUGUUGCUGUUGGAGCUAAUAACAGGAAUGACAUGCUAUUAGAGAUCAAAUUAAUGUACCAAUGAGUAGACUGCAAAUCUAAAUGCUAAUCAAAAUAGACUUCAUUCCCUUCUCUUACAGAAGAUAUCUGUGUUCAGACAAUAUCCUUGUUCCAAUAACUGUAGCAAACAGCUUUUAAAACUGCUAAUGGGAGACUGAGAUGUACACUUGAUGCAAAAAUCUAAGCUUUAGCUUUUUCAACCAGUGACCAAUAGGUAUUACAGAGAAAUCAGGAGUUAAUACCUCUGUGCCUUCAACCCCAUUUUCACCUAUCACCUUUGCUUGAAAACAUAUCUGAAAAUACAGUACUUGAAAUGGAAGCAAGUAUUUCAAGUCCUUGGAGCCACUGGAACAGAGGAAGAAUUCUUUUCCACUACAAAUGUCCUGGUCAAACCACAACAGGGGAAAAAAAAAAAAAAAAAAAAACACCUAAGUAAAACUUGCAGUUCCUAUAAUUGAAAUUAAUGCAUUUCACUUUUUCAAGUUUUAUUUUGGUUAAAUGGAUAAGAAAUAGUUACAGAUCUCAUUCAACAGAGGUGUUGAACUCCUGUUUAUAAUUACAGGCUAACUAAUUUCCCCCUUU